GCAGUUUGCACUUGUCAUGACGCAAGAUUUACUCCUCUUGGACCUGGCGACGGUAACUCUCACAGUCCCUCUGCCAUACCAUGUACUGUUUUGCCCUGAUCAUGAGGCAUCCGGGCUUAUCCAGAAUGUGGGUACUUCGAAGACCUCUCCGCUGACAAAUGUGACAUAGCGUUGCACAGUGUUGUAUAAAGACCUGCAGUGGUAAGUAUAGUAGAGGUGAUCAAUAUAAUCCAUCCCACUCUUGCUCCGUCUCAACAUUCAACUUCCGUCCAAGCCCACGAUACCGAAACUGUUACACAUACUUGUUGGCAUCCCCGUGAACUUGUCACAACUCUGAACGCUCUCGGUUGUCUAGGUGUAGCUAACACAGCCGCUAUGUCGACCAAGAACCUAUCACUUAUCUUCACCAAGGUCCCUACCGCACUGCCUGUCCCAGGCGAGCACAUCACCGUCAAAGAUGUAGGUUUCGACCUUGAUCAGCCGGCGCCGCCCAACGGUCUGGUCCUGGAAACACUCUAUGUCUCGUUUGACCCGUAUCUGCGCGGCCUGUUGCGCGACCCGAAGGUCGAAUCGUACAUGCCAGCCAUCCCUGUCAACUCACCCAUUGCGGCGGCCACGUUAUCAAAGGUUCUGAAGUCCGAUGAUCCCGAGUUUCGUGAGGGCGACAUUGUGCAGCACGUCCUACCAGUCCAGCAAUACAACGUGUACAAGCCCUCUGGUUCGGGCCAGAAGCCGCGCAAGAUCGACUCCAGCGCCGGACCCGACGAUAUCCGGCAUUACCUGGGCGCCCUGGGCAUGCCCGGUCUGACAGCGUACUCGUCGCUCUAUGAGAUCGGGCAGCCGAAGAAGGGCGAGACCAUCGUCGUCAGCAGCGCGGCGGGUGCCGUGGGCCAGUUGGUCGGCCAGCUCGCCAAGCGCGAGGGCUUGACCGUGCUGGGCAGCGUCGGCAGCGACGAGAAGCUCGAGUUCAUCACAAAGGAGCUUGGAUUCGACGGCGGCUGGAACUACAAGAAGGAGAAGUCGACAAAGGACGUUAUCAACCGUCUCACGAACGGCAAGGGCAUUGACAUUUUCUACGACAACGUCGGUGGUGAACAGCUCGAGGGCGCCCUUGAGACGUUGAAACUGUUUGGCCGGAUCGUCGAAUGUGGCCAAAUCAGUCAAUACAAUCUACCUCCCGACCAACGCUACCCUAUCCGCAAUACUUUCCAGACCGUCGUCAAGCGUCUCACCAUGAGAGGCUUUAUGGUCGGUGACGCCAACAUGGGUCCGAAACACGCCCAGGCCCACAGGGAGAAUGUGUCGCGCUGGCUCAAGGAUGGCACCUUCAAGGCCAAGAUUCACGAAUGGCAAGGCAUGGAGAAUGCCGCAGAGGCAUUUGUCGGCAUGUUGAAGGGUGAGAACUUCGGCAAGGCCGUGUUGAAGGUUAAGCAAUGAUUUGCUUCGACAUGAGAUAUUUGCUAGGUGGUAAAUAUGUACUGUACGGUUUCUUCAAGGGAAAAGGACAAAUAAAUAUAGGGUCAAUAUACAGUCGAUAUAGGUUGCGACUUAAAAUUAUUCAGACUUUUAGUACUUAACCA